CCCAGACAGGCACCAUGCAGCAGCCCCACACGGCGGAGGUGGCCCGGCUGUACCAGACGGAGUUUGUGCGCAGUGCACGUGCGGUCGGGGCCCUCUGGGCCAUCUGCACGCUGUGCUUCGCCAUCAUCGAGGUGGUCAUCCUCAUCCAGCCGUCCUGGGUGGGCACCCGCGAGAUCCACUACCAGGGCGGGACCCGGCCCCCCCUGGCCGGCACCCUGGGGCUGUUCGAGGUGUGCCUGGAGUCGGACUGGCCCGUGCCGGAGUGCAGGGGGUCGCUGCGGACCCUCACCCCCCUCCCGGCCUUCCAGUCCCCGGCCGUGCUGGUGUGUGUGUCCCUGGCCAUGGUCUGGGUCAGCGUGGGCUGCCUCUGCCUCUUCCGCUUCUGCAACGCAGCCACCGUCUACAAGAUCUGCGCUUGGCUGCAGCUGACUGCCGGGUUCUGCCUGGCGCUGGCCUGUGUGCUGUUCCCAGACUCGUGGGAGUGUGCGGAGAUGCGGGCAUUGUGCGGGGAGCGGGUCAGUAGCUUCUCCCCAGGAAACUGCUCUGUGCACUGGGCCUUUGUGCUGGCCAUGCUGGGUGUGCUGGAUGCUGCUAUACUGGCCACACUGGCGUUUGUGCUGGGUAACAGACAGGAUGCUCUGCUGCCUGAGGAUGGCAAGGAUGUAACGGGGUUACUUUUAUCAGCGUAAGACCCCAUCAGAGCUGUCCGUCAGUGAGACAGAUCAUGAUUCUCUGACGAUGACACUGUUCUCUCUUAAGCAAGACAGAAGAAACAAAAAUACUCCCUUUCAGCAUUACAUCAUCUCCAAGCAAGAUUCUGCUUAUGUAAUAAACAGUUACCUGGCAACAGCAUCCCUGCCCCCCCCCCCCCCCCCCAGUGUUGAGAGAAAGAGAGGCAGGGAUCUUUGUCCUGGAUGUACCAUCUUCUCGUGCUGUGUCAGGAAUCAGGAUGGUAAAUAGGAAGGGGGAGUAUUGGGACCAGGCCAGUCGUUGUGUGGUGUGGGAUCAGGCAGGUUGUUGUUUGGUGUGGGAUCAGGCAGGUUGCUGUGUGGUGUGGAGGCAGGCAGGCAGGUUGUUAUGUGGUGUAGGAUCAGGCAGGUUGCUGUGUGGUGUGGGAUCAGGCAGGUUGUUGUUUGGUGUGGAGGCAGGCAGGUUGUUGUGUGGUGUAGGGGCAGGCAGGUUGUUGUGUGGUGUGGGAUCAGGCAGGAUGUUGUUUGGUGUGGAAUCAGACAGGUUGUUGUGUGGUGUGGGGGCAGGCAGGUUGCUGUGUGGUUGCUAUGCUCCUAUCUUCAGCAGCUCCAGUAGGUUUUGUUUGUCCUGUUUCACAAGGUGUUCAGCCUGCACUAGUAAGGCAAUAAAAAUACAACAAAGCAAUUCAAACAUCGAUAAAGCAGGGGAUAUCCAUUUCCUUCUGUUUUCACAGAUGCUGUUUUCCCUUCAUUUGUUGUAAAGGAUCAGUAUGUUCUGUCACCAUGCAAGUUUACUUUAUAUCGUAUCAUUUCAAAGGGGCUAUGUGCAAUAUUUGACAUAAGAUUCAGAAAAUCAACUGCACAGUAAAGUGUUCACUGUUAAAUCAACUCUGCGCUACACAGGAAAAUGUCCAGAGUUAAAUCAACCCUAGCAGGGUUUAUAUACAUUGACUCUGUCCAUUGUGGACUCAUAUACACUGUAAGAGUUCAUUUAACUCUUUUCACAGCGUGGGAACAGAAUUGCAUAAUGCUGAGAUUUGGACUUGAAACUAUUUUCCUUUCACACUAUAUUCCUUUGAGCUCAGAGAUAGUGAAUGACUGUGAAUGAGUAAUGGACCUUGUUUCAAAACCCAGCAGUUACUGCACUGCCGUCUCUCAUUUCAGCGCCUUUCGCUCAUUUAAACACGCUCUUCUACGUGUAUCCCUUAUAUGUGAAUUUUAUAUGAUAAAUAGUUUGUAUUUGUAGGUUUUGAAACUGUUAAUUGCAUGGUUUAUUGCUGUCACAUUGGUGUUUUUAUGGUGUAUGUAGCUUAAUGUCAUUAAAGAUUACGUUUGAGAAUUUGUGGUAAUAAUAAUUUUAUAAUGCUAACAAAUUAAAUGGUAGACAUUUUGGUGUUUUGGUCGUACAAAGCGACCGGGUUUGAGUGUCUGCCACAAGAAUUUAAUCCCACUGUCUGUGCAGUACUUUUCACAUGUGAAAGUCAGCAAGGUAGUUAUGCAAUAUUGAUGAACAUUUCAAUAAAUCUGAUAAUGCAGAUGCUUGACUGAACAUCACUUUCCCUCCUUCAGUCGUCAUUAGCUAUUUUCCCUAUUAUCAUGAAUGUAUGACUUUGAAGGUAGAUGAUUUAAUAAAAACAUACUAAACCAUUCCUUCCUGCUGGAAGUAUAAAGCAUUAGAAAAAAUCCUUAUCAUGUAAAGGUGUAUGCUUCAGAUUACCCAUACUGGGUAUGCCCUUCUGACUGUAAAUAUCAUAAUAUAUGAUUGUAAAGCAGCCAUUAAAACAAGAAAAAUAUUGCAUCUCAAA